AAAGCCCAAGACAUUUUUACCGACGCUUCUUCUCCCGUCUCUGAAAACAACCUAGCGAGCUCAAAAAUCUCUGAUUCUUCGGCUUUCUAGGGUUUUUUUCGCUCUCUUCCGAUCAAAGAUCAAUCAAUGGCGUCUCUCGAUUCCGACGUUCCUAUGAUUCCUGCCGGAGAAGCCUCCAGCAGUGUAGCCUCUUCUUCGACCAAGAAACCUAAGCGAUUUGAAGUUAAGAAAUGGAGUGCCGUUGCUCUCUGGGCUUGGGAUAUCGUUGUUGACAAUUGCGCCAUCUGCAGAAACCACAUCAUGGAUCUGUGCAUUGAAUGUCAGGCUAAUCAGGCCAGCGCUACAAGUGAGGAAUGCACUGUUGCUUGGGGGGUUUGCAAUCACGCCUUCCACUUUCACUGCAUCAGCAGGUGGCUAAAGACUCGUCAAGUUUGUCCAUUGGAUAACAGCGAGUGGGAGUUCCAGAAAUAUGGUCACUAAAUCAUCCAGUCGUUCGAGCAAAUAUGUGUCUAGUCGAAGAUAUCAGUUUCCGCACAUGAUACCAAGAUUGAUCAAGUUGUUUUUUUUUUCUUUUUUUCUCUUUUGUAAUGUCUUUCACAAGUUGUGGGAACAUAAGAUUUGCAUGCUCACUGAACCUUUUCUCGUUGUGCUUUUGGGCGAUGUCUUUGAUUUCAAAUACUUAAAAGUGAUAUUUA